AUGUCACUCCCCUGGAUUUUUGGACCAUUGGUAACCCGUCUGAUGAAACGUUUCGGAUUUAGAAUCACAGCCAUAAGUGGUUGUCUUAUAAUCUCGAUCAGCUUUUGUGCAAGCUCCUUUGUGGACAAUUUUUGGUUUUUCCUUGUUUUAUUCUCGGUAACUGGAGGAUUGGGCUCAGCAAUGUCCUACCACUGCAGUGUUCUAGUUGUUCUGAGGCACUUUGUGAAGUGGCGUUCUCUUGCGGUUGGAAUAACAGCCUCGUCAUCAAGUGUAGGCAUGUUCGUCGUGACACAACUCACAGAGGUUCUCAUUUCAAAUUAUGGAUUUAAAAAUGCUCUUAGAGGGUGGGCCAUCUUGUUUUUCUUGGCAACCCCACUGGCGUUCUCUUAUGACNAACUUUACUGAAUAUUUUUAUACAAAUAACACUUUCAUUAAUCCUUUCUCUAAAGACACUUACCUGCAACAAUUACCUAGAAUAUGGUCCUUGGUCCCCACCCCGCAAUAUAAGGGGGACUACAGGAACUCGAGGAGUAAGAGAUAAUUGCCGGCGUCAUAUCCCUGUAAGCUUUGUAAUAAUUGCCGUAAUAUUCUCUAACCCUUUUACGCUUACAUCAAGACCUGAAAACGUUUUAUAAAACUGCAACGUUAAGGCUGCUUAAGUUAGAAAACAUUUAUGUUACCAGAGAAGACUGGCGCUUAGGGUUGGAAGGUGUAGGGUGGGAAUAAGCCAUUCCCUAACGUACAUUGACUAUAUUGACUGCUAUCGCUUGGUCAAUAUCUGAGAUUUUGGCCUGUAACGACCUCACUCUCUGUUAAUAAGUGGUAUAUAAUCGCCAGUUACUGAAAUAUUUGGUUGUUUUUGCCCUUGUAGGUGAAAUUUUGUGAAAGUGAACUUGGCAUUUCGUCAGAACGAGGCUCCAUGCUAUACACCUACAUGGCGAUCUCUUACUUCUUUAGCAACCACUUGUUCUGCAAGCUAAGUGAAUUCAAAUUCAUCAACAUCUUUGAUCUUUAUCAAUUUUCAACGACAUGUCUCGGCGUCUGCUUGUUUCUGUUACCCGUGGCAACAUCUUACAAAGCUGUGGUGGUGGUAUCUGUUAUGUUUGGUCUCAUGGAUGGUGGACGAUACGGUUUAAUGCCACUGAUAGUGUUGACAUGUGUCGGACAGAAGAGAAUUGACCAAGCUUGGGGCUAUCUUACUCUUUUUAUCGGUCUUUCUAGUGUCAUAGGUCCAGUUUUUAUAGGUAAGUUAUAUUUC